AUGAAGUUUAAUAAAAAAAGAAAACAAGUUGUUGAGGAGGUAAAAGAAGAAGAGGAAGAUGUCGAGUUGGAAUCAGAUGAUGCUGAAGAACUUGACGAUGAUGAAGAUAAUGUUGAAUUCGAAUCAGAUGGUGAAGAAGACGAAGAUGAAGACUGUGAAGGAUUUAAAACCGUAAUGAAAAGAAACCUUGAAACUGCAGAAAAUGAUCAGCCGGCGAAAAAAAUGAAAAAAGAAAAUCCUUUCAAAAAACCAACUGUUGAAGAAUUAAAUCAGCUUAGAGAAACAGAAACUUUGUAUCAUUCACAUUUAUUCCGGCUUCAGAUAGAUGAAGUAUUGGCUGAAGUCAGGCCGAAAGAUAAAUACAAAAAACAAUUUGAUGUUUGGUUUGAAAAAUUUAAGGACACUGUGUUAGCAAUCAAAGAAACUGACGAAAAACAGCUGAGUAAAUUAAUGUCUUUAAAAAAACUCAAAGUAAAAUUAGUCGACGUGGAGGUUCCUAAGAAUGAAAAAGGGACUUACAGAUUUAUAAAACCAUCCAACAUCAGUGUCAUCGGAUCCUAUCCCCUUGGAACCUCAAUAGGACCAAACAUCGUGAUAGACGUGAUGAUAGAGAUGCCCUCAGCUUUAUUCCAAAAGCACGACUACGAAAACUACAGAUAUCUAAGAAAGCGCGCUAUUUACUUAGCAUACAUUGCCAACAGUUUGAAGCCUGAGAUCGCAGAAAAGAAGACUUACUACGGUGAGAGCUGGAUGCCCAAGUUAAAAAUAGUUCCCUCUGGAUCUUUGAGCAAGAGAGUCACAGUUUACUUGCAUUUAACCGCGGAACCAACUAGCUUCAAAUUAAGCCGAUUUUUACCCGAAAAAAAUAACGUAAAACCCCAGUGGUACCUCAAAAAUUCCGAGCUCACCGAUCUUGUCCCCACUCCUCAUUACAAUUCAAACAUCCUUCGGGAUUUAACAAUGCCCCAAAAUCACGCAGAGAGUAUUAAAUUAAUUACCGAAUAUCCAAGUCUUAGAGACGGAAUUAUUCUGCUUAAAAUUUGGCUGCGCCAAAGACAGCAAGAGCAAGCUUAUGACGGCUUCAAUGGUCACAUUUUGUCAAUGUACGUGUUGUACCUGCUAUCUAAAAAGCAAGUAAGCACUUACAUGAGCAGUUACCAGGUAGUAAGGAACGUAUGGAACAAUUUAGCUACAACAAACUGGACCGAGGAAGGAAUUUCAAUGUCUCGCGAGCCAGAAGCUAAAGAAAGAGCAGCAGAGUACUUAAAAUACUACGACUGCGUUUUUCUUGACUGCUCUGGCUAUCAUAACUUAGCAGCCAAUAUUCCGGCUAAUAAUUACCUCUGGAUCCGCAGCGAAGCAUCGCAAGCAAUUAAAUUCCUAAAUGACGAAAAAGGCAACAGUUUCUCCAGCCUUUUUAUGAAACGUCUGAAUUUCUACUCCAAUUUCGACCACUUUAUUUGUCUGCGUGACUCCGAAGCACUCCAACAGCUAGCAGACAAUGUUUCUGAUGACCACAAGCUGGACUUGGGAGUAAACAAACGCGCCCAAGUUGUCAAACUGCUUGCUGAUGUACUGAAGAAAGGCUUGGGGCAGAGAGUCUUGCAUAUUUACAUUCCACCGGAACAAUUCAAAGAGUGGGAAGUCACGGAAGAUUAUUCAUCAAGCUUAGGAAAGCUUUUAAUUGGAUUGCAAUUAAAUCCAGAGUAUUGUUUCAAUGUUAUUGACAAAGGACCGGUGGCUAAUCUUCCCGAAGCCGAGGAGUUCAGAAAGUUCUGGGGGAAUAAAUCAGAAUUACGUCGGUUUCAAGAUGGCUCUAUUUGCGAGGCUGUUGUUUGGGCUAAAAAAAGUCCGAUGUCUAUUAAAGACUUUAAGGGGAAAAAAAAUGUGGCUUCAAAAGGAAAAUUAAGGGAAAAAUCCAGUUCAUUGGCGGAAAAAAGAAUAAUCUGCCAGAGAAUAAUAACUUUUUUAAUGAAAACAAAAUUUAAUUUGUCAAAAGAUCAAUUUUUGUACGUCGUUAAUCAGAUUGAAGAGUUUUUGGAGUUGAAGAAAAUUAAAGUAACUAAUUUCCAGUAUGGAACUGGAGAAGAAGCGACGUUGCAAGUUAUUAAUGUCUUCAGUGAGUUUGAAAAAGAAUUAACAUCAAUGGCUGAUCUACCAUUGGCUAUUACAGGUGUCCAAGGAAGCAGUCCAGUGUUUAGAUACUCAGAAGUGUUCCCGCCUCUUGCUACUGUUUAUAAAGCUGAUGAUAUUAACACAGUUGUUGGUAAGCACUGCCUGUUGCUCAAAGAAGAUACUUUGCAAGAGGUGCCAAAGUACGCGCCAGCUAUCGAGGCAAGUGUCCAAUUGUCGGCGAGUGGAAAGUGGCCAGACGAGUUGGAAGCCGUGAGGAAAACUAAAGCUGCCUUUCACAUCCAGAUUGCUCAGUGCUUGAGGAAACAAUACAAGCUUAAAGCCAAGGCGAAUUUCAGUCACGUAGAUGUCUUUAAAAAGGGAUUUGUUUUUAGGCUGAGGGUCGCGCAUCAAAAGGAAAUAGCUUGUUUGAAGAAAAUUGUGGGUGAGGAUGGAGUUAUUAAGUACAGAGACAAUGAAGAGUCUGUGGCGCUUGAGAAUAAAUUGUUCCGGUUGCCAAAAUUGACUGGAGCAAUUUAUGGUCUUCAUUCUCAGCAGCCCUCUUUUGGUCCCACCUGUUGUUUAGCUAAGCGCUGGCUCUCCGCCCAUCUUAUAGAUCACUUUCAUAUGCCAGAAGUCGUCGUGGAGCUGAUAGUUGCUUUUGUUUAUUUGUCGCCUGAGCCGUACAAGCCGGUGCAAAUGCCACAGGUGGGUUUUAUUCGCUUCCUUGAAUUUUUAUCCAGCCAUUCUUGGGAUACUAAUGCGAUAAUUGUUAAUUUUAAUGAUGAAAUGGACAAGGAUCAGGUUCUAGCAGUCGAGAAUUUAUUUAGCACGGCGAGAGAUACACUCCCAGCUUUGUUUAUUGCUACUCCGUAUGAUAGAGAAACUUCCACGUGGACCAAACACGCUCCUUCGAAAUUGAUUCUCAGUAGAAUUAGUUUGUUAGCUAGGGAAACUUUGAAGCUUGUUGAGACUGAACUCUUGAAAAGUUCGGUGUUGGUUUGGAAACCGAUGUUCAAACCUCCACUGGUGGCUUAUGAUUGUCUGAUACAUAUCAAGGAUCAGUUUAAUCCCCGGAGGUAUCAGUAUCACUCUCUGGAUAUUGAGGAGAGUUUCCUGGUAACUUCAUGGCAUCCUUAUCGCUUUCAUCCGGAACAGAAGCUGCCUGUUGUUCAAUUUAAUCCGGUGGAUAAGUAUUUGGAGGAAUUGAGAGCUGGAUACGGGGAAUUUGCUCUCUUCUUUCAUGACACAUACGGUGGAUCUUUGAUUGGAGUUUUAUUUAAUCCACAAGCUUUGGAUGCUAAGGAAUUCAAAGUAGCUAAUAUUAAUUGCCGGAGACUUGAUAAUAAUGGUAAACUUGUUCUUAAUGUCGCGGCGAUUAUUGAAGACUUUUCGAUUAUUGGGCAAGGUCUUGUUGAAAGAAUUGAUGUACAAUCUGAUAAAUUAUUAAGUUAA